AACGGCAUCGAAAAGUCAAAGAGACUCCGCGUUGGGUCUCCUUGCACAACGGCGUUUUUAGAGAUCCAAUAGCGAAGGAAGCAAAAAUAUAAAGAUGUUGAGGUGAGUGGGAGUGAUUGGAUUCAAGCUGGUGAUCAUGGGAUUCGAUGGUUUUUUACCCAUUUUUAUAAUUCCUCCCCACGUGCAUGCCUUCAACUCUGCUCCUUAAUCCUAUAAUAAAUAUCACUCUUCCACUGGACUCUGGAUCCAAUCACCCCACACUCUCUCCUUCCUUUCAGUUUCCAUGCAACAACUGUAAAGGAGUAGAGUAGUUGCAUAUCUCUCUCUCUCUCUCUCUCUCUCUAUAUAUAUAUAUAUAUAUAUAUAUUUGUAUAUGUAUAUUUGAUAUACUUGUUGAAGCAACAGAGAAAGCAAUACGCAGUGAAGAUGGACAAAUACGAGGUGGUGAAGGAUUUGGGAGCUGGGAAUUUCGGUGUGGCAAGACUGCUGAGGCACAAAGACACCAAGGAGCUCGUCGCCAUGAAAUACAUCGAGCGUGGCCACAGGAUUGAUGAGAAUGUGGCGAGAGAGAUUAUCAACCACAGAUCGCUUCGGCACCCAAACAUCAUCCGUUUCAAGGAGGUGGUUUUGACACCCACCCAUUUGUCGAUUGCGAUGGAAUAUGCAGCGGGCGGAGAGCUCUUCGAACGAAUCUGCAAUGCCGGUAGAUUCAGUGAAGAUGAGGCCAGAUAUUUCUUUCAGCAGCUGAUCUCUGGUGUCAAUUAUUGCCAUUCAAUGCAAAUAUGCCAUAGGGAUUUGAAGCUUGAAAACACCCUUUUAGAUGGAAGCCCUGCGCCACGGCUGAAAAUUUGUGAUUUUGGUUAUUCUAAGUCAUCCCUGCUGCAUUCAAGACCCAAAUCCACAGUUGGAACUCCGGCGUAUAUUGCGCCGGAGGUUCUUUCCCGGCGAGAAUAUGAUGGGAAGUUGGCAGAUGUAUGGUCAUGUGGAGUAACUCUCUAUGUCAUGCUGGUGGGUGCAUACCCUUUUGAAGACCAAGAUGACCCCAAGAAUGUUAGGAAAACAAUUCAAAAAAUAAUGUCUGUUCAGUACAAGAUCCCCGACUAUGUACACAUAUCUCAAGAUUGCAGACACCUACUGUCCCGCAUAUUUGUUGCAAAUUCAUCCAGGAGAAUUACAAUCAAAGAUAUCAAGAACCAUCCAUGGUUUGUAAAGAACAUGCCAAGGGAGCUAACAGAGUCUGCUCAAGCUAUCUAUUACCAGAGAGACAAUCCAAGCUUUUCUCUUCAAAGCGAGGAUGAGAUAAUGAAAAUUGUAGGGGAGGCGAGAAACCCACCUCCAGCAUCUAAGUCUAUCAGCGGCUUUGGCUGGGGAACAGGAGAUGAGGAAGACAUUGGAGACAUAGAUGCAGAGGUGGAGGAAGAAGACGACGAGGAAGAUGAGUAUGACAAGAGGGUCAAAGAAGUUCAUGCAAGUGGAGAAUUUCGAAUCAGUUAAGCAGUAUCUAUCAUCCUUUAUCUGAUAAUCGGAUAGGUAAAGCGUUUAAUGUUGUGACAUUAGGAUUUACCAAUUUGUGUGCAUAAUGUUUAAUAAGUUGAUGCCACAAUCUCAAAAAAUAGCGGAUUCUGAAGUAGUACAUCGCAUGUUUGAAUUGCUUGUAAUCUAAUGUUUGUACUAUGCUACAACCUCAAAAAAUAGUGGAUUCUUAACUUGGAAUAAACAUGAUUAAUGUUGUUAAUUAUA